AUUUGCUACAAUGGCUGUGAUUUCUCUUGCAGCGGCGUUUAGGUGAUCGUGUCGUUGCUGGAAAAUUGGUGUUCGUGUUGGUAUCUCUGUUGUGGAUUUAAGAAUCUGAUUUGGUUCGUGUUUGGGUCCGAUAUUGAGCUGGGAUCAUGGCUUCAUCGCUCGUGAAGAGGAUCGAGUCGAAGAAGUCUCACUCAUGGUGGUGGGAUAGCCAUGUUAGCACCAAGAAUUCCAAGUGGCUACAAGAAAAUCUCCAAGACGUGGAUGUUAAUGUGAAGAGGAUGAUGAAACUGAUAGAAGAGGAUGCCGAUUCUUUCGCAAAGAAGGCCGAACUGUAUUUCAAGAAGCGCCCCGAGUUGGUCAGCCUCGUUGAGGAGUUUUAUCGGAUGUAUCGUGCGUUGGCUGAGCGGUAUGAUCAUGUCACGGGCGAGCUCAAGAAAAACAUCCCCUCGGAUCUCCAUUCUCAGGGCUCCGGGGUUUCUGAUGUCGGUUCUGAGCCACAUUCCACCGGACCCUCCCCUGCUCGCACGAAAUCCGGACCUCGUGCUGCUGGAUUCGACUUCUUUCUUGGGAGCAACGGGAGUGGCUCGGACCUGAAUAGCAAGGAAGGAGAUGAAUCUUCAACGCUGGAUUCUGAGUCGGAUUCAGAUGAUUCCUCGGUUAAUAACUAUGACACGAGCAACGGUGAGGAGGUGGGGUUGCAGAGGAGGGUCGUCGAGCUUGAAGCCGAGCUUCACGAGGUGAAGGAGAAACUGCUCCACUUGCAAACGGAGGAGAUCCCCGUUGGAUCGAAGCAAUGUAGCCAUGAGUGCUCCGAAUUCAACCUAGCGAAACUAGCAGCAUACGAAGACGAGUUGAGAGUUGCGAAAGAGAAUAUGGAAGCCUCGAAGGAAGAGAUAACGAGUCUGAAGGCCGAGCUUCAGAAGUACAAAUCUCUCAGAGAUUCAAACGACAUGCUUGAGUCGAGCAUGGUGCUGGAGCAAGAUCAGGCAACGGAGCUUCAAGAAAACAUCGGUGGCUCGGAUGGCGAAAUGGAAUUGGAGCAUAAGACUCAGAGGCUCGAGCAGGAGCUCAGAAGCACGGAGAAGAAGCUUCGUGAGUCGGAAGAAGUAGUAGUGAGCCUGAGGCAGGAGCUCAUGAGCAAGGACUCGUCCACACAGAAUCUGCGUGAUCAGCUGCAGUCGGCACAGAGGGAUGUUGCUGUGUGGAAAAACAAAGUCGAGAGAGAGAAACGUGAUGCUGCAAGGCUGCAGGACCGCGUGGUGAGGUACAAGACAAAUCUCUCGGAGCGAGAUCAAGAAAUCCGGGGGCUGAGGGAGACGAUAGGCAACGCGAACAAGGCCUCGGCCGAAGAAAACGAGCACCUUCAAGCAGAGAUGACGAGGAUAACGAAAGAGCGCGCAUAUUUGGAGGAUAGCCUCAAGGAGAUCGAUCUACGAUCCCAGUCCUUGGAAGAGGACGUGAGGCGAGUGAAGUUGGCCAAAGACGAGGCGCAGGCCGUGUUUGGAGCUCAGAUCGAGCAGCUGAAGGCCGACAUUUCCGAGAGAGACGACUGCAUUGAAGAGCUCAAUAGAAAUCUAGAGAUGUGGAAGGUGAAACACAAGGUGUUGGCAGCCACCAGAGACGAACUUAACGCCAAGAUCGCUGCUUUCGGUGCAGAGAUCAGCUCGAGAGACGACCAUCUGCACCAGCUGCAUCAGCAGCAUGUUCAGCUGAUUGUUAGCGCGGAGGAGGCCCAUAAAUCUGCGGAGGAUCUGCACUUGAGAGUCAUGGAGCUCGAGAUAGACGUGAAGAGGAAGCAAGAGUCGAUUAUUGAAGGAGCAGAGGAGAAACGGGAGGCGAUUAGGCAACUCUGCUUCUCAAUCGAGCACUAUCGCAGUGGAUAUCACCAGCUUCGGCAGGCUGUCGUUGGGCAGCAGCAGCCAGCCGUGACAGCGAGAUGAGGAGCGCCAUGAUGCGACGUCGUUUUGCACCUUCGUCGCUGUGUAGUUGAAUCUGUAGAUUUGGGUGGGAAUACGAGUCAUGGUUUCUUGCUAUGAUGUUUCUAAGUAUUACUGCGUUGAUCAAACUAUUUUCCCAGCUCUUUGUAACGCUAUUGAGUUUUUCUACAACUAAAACUCAGAAUGUAUAUUUUCUACAAGCUAACUUUAAUUCUUUGA